UGGGGUGCCCCGAGUCAGACAACCUGCCUCUAGACCUGAAAACACAAACACAACGGAGAUCUCAGCCAAGGACGGCUCACUGAAUGCCACGCUGCUCUAUCGGCAGCUACUGGUGGAGAGCAGGAUCAGUAAGUCAGUGCGAGAGGGUAAGAGAGGAGAGAGGCGAAGCAGAAAGUGAGCAGCAAGUAGGUCAUCAGUGUUCUGUUUCCCUAACAGGUUGUGUGAGCCUGUGGCAGACUAGUGGCGGUGUUGCACGUGGAACAAGGGAUCAGAAAGAAGAGAAAGAGUGCAGAAGAAAACGAGGGAACGUCCCGGCGUAACAGCGAAAAAGGGGCAAGACGUGUACUGUCGUGCUGCGGCUGUCUGUGGUCCACCUCGCCAUGUGGGUCUUGGCUGUGGUGUGGUUCUCUGGGGUGCUCAUAAGGGCCGAGGCACAGGGCACCGCCAGCUUCUGGAGAGGGAACGACCGAAGCGGGCGCUGCCAGUACAGCUUCACUGUGGACAGCCCCACGGAGGCCAGCUGCCCCUUGCCAGGCUCCAGCCCGGAGGUGGAAGCCCUGAAAUCCCGGCUGGCUCUGCUGGAGGUGCUGGUGGCCCACCUGGCCGGGGGCGAGACGGGGCCAGGCCCGGCACCGAGGCUCCAGGAGGCCUACACCCAGGCGUUGAGCGAGAAGACCCAGCUGCAGAGGGAGAAGGACAGGCUGGGCCAGCGGGUGGAGGAGCUCCAGCGGAGGGUGGAGGAGCUCCAGCAGGAGGCUGAGAGGCUGAGGAGCAGACCCUGUGCACAGCCUCCGCCCCCCAGCACGCCGCUGUAUGACAACAGGCCCAGCCCAGCUGGUGGCAGUGGUGACCCCUCCUGGCACAGUGGCAGUCCGGGCUACCAGGAGUUGAAGGCUGAAGUUGCUAAGAUACCUGCUCCAAGCCCAGAGGAUGCUGACGAUACUAAAGGCUGUGGAGAGCUGCUGUCGGUGGGCGAGCCCUUCACCCACCGCAAGACUGACACCAUCUCAGGCAAGUACGGCGUGUGGAUGCAGGACCCCGAGGCCGUGUCCCCAUACGGCCCCGGCAUGGUGUGGCGCAUCGACACGGUUGGCAACGAGGUGCGGCAGAUCUUCGGCUACGAGGACCUGCAGCAGUUGUCUCGGGGUUUCCCCACGAAAGUGCUGCUCCUGCCUGAAGCCGUAGAGAGCACAGGCGCCGCCAUGUUCCGUGGCUCCCUCUACUACCAGCGGCGCCGCAGCCGCACGCUGCUCCGCUACGAUCUGGCCUCGGAGAGCGUGGCGGCCCGCCGCGACCUCCCGCACGCCGGCUUCCACGGCCAAUUCCCCUACUCGUGGGGCGGCUACACGGACAUUGACUUCGCGGUGGAUGAGCAGGGUCUCUGGGUCAUCUACAGUACCAACAAAGCCAGGGGGGCCAUCGUGAUCUCCCUGCUGGAUCACCACAACCUGGAGGUGAAGAGGAGUUGGGAGACCAACAUCCGCAAGACCACGGUAGCCAACGCGUUUAUGAUCUGUGGCAGGCUGUACACAGUGGCCAGUUACUCCUCGCUCAACACCACCGUCAACUACAGCUUUGACACAGCAACCGGCGUAAGCAAGGCGGUUGCCAUUCCGUUCAAAAAUAGGCAUCGUUACAACAGCAUGAUUGAUUACAACCCAGGUCAGAGGAAGCUCUUUGCCUGGGAUAACCACCACCUCGUGUCCUACGACGUGCGGCUGGGCAAACCACAGUGAGGCGGUACAUAGUGAAGAUGGUUAUAGAGGCAUCAUGGAGGGGCAGACAGGUCACAAACUGCAAAAAAAAGAGGAUGUAUUGGCUUUGCCAUUAAUAGCGCACCUACAGCUCUCACUGAUGUAAACAUGUCAUACUGAGAAGCAUCAAGAUAUAUCACCAUUAAUCAAUCAAGAAGACCAGGUAAAUACAGGUAAAUGCCUGUCAAGCUCAAAUAUAGAAUAGAACGCAGGAAACUUAGAAGCACCUCUUACCUCUGAAGUAUAUUCAAGCUCCCAAAAUCAGAUACGCUUCUGAUCUGGUUUGCCCAGAACAUACCAAUACAGUCACACGAUGUUGCUCUGGUGUCCUAUAGCCUAGCUAAGGAUCUUUUUUGCUUCCACAGCUGGCCUGUCAACAUUGCUCCUGUUGAAUCAGUUCUUCUUUGAAAUAGUUGUUUAAAUGUAUAGUGCACAGGUCUUUGACCAGCAUAUUGUAGAACUGGUGAGAAACAAUUUGCUCCUUUUCCUGAUCUUGGCAGAGUUCAUGCAGGGUCACUUUCAGAAGGCCGUAUUUUGAAUGGGAGUUUUAUGUAUACCUUGUAGUGGCGUGGCCCACUGUAUGUUUUGAACAGAGAAAUUAUUUUUCUACCUUUCCUUGUCAAUGGCAUCUAAUGUGUUUUUCUGUACAGCACUGAAAAGGGGAGGAAACUACAUUCAGCAGACCAAUACUGAACUAUAGUACUUCCCCCAGACGUAAACACAAGCAGCUAAUUUCUGUAUGUAUUAAAAGGUGUCUAAUGCACCUCACACCAGCUUGCUUUAGGUUAUAGAAGCUCCCAAGAAGUUCACAAGUCAACACGGUAUAGUACUCGGUCAUUCAUUUCUGAACUCAUAAAAACUGAAUAAAAGAGGAAAUAUUGAAUAAUG